UGUCUGACCCACUUCACCCGGCCUCUCACCGCCCGAACAGACAGAGAAAAACCAAAACCCUACCCCGCCGCCGCCGUCGAUGAGCUUCCGGAUGGCGUCGAGGUGCGCGGCGAGGCUUCCGCAGCCACCGUGCGCGGCGCCGCAGCCCCGCUGCGCGAGCUCGCGGGUCUCGGUGCCCCCGGCGAGAUCCGGCGUGUCAAGAGGACGUGCCGUCGUGUGCUCGGUUAGCUUCAGGCCGUGUAUUGACAUUCACAAGGGGAAAGUUAAGCAGAUUGUUGGCUCCACUCUGCGUGAUACAUCAGAUGAUGGGACGGUACUAGUGACUAAUUUUGAAUCGGACAAGCCUCCAGCAGAAUUUGCGAGUAUUUAUAAACAAGAUGGACUUGUUGGUGGGCAUGUCAUAAUGCUUGGUGGCGACGAUGCAAGCCGUUCUGCUGCGCUGGAAGCGCUACAUGCAUAUCCUGGUGGUUUGCAAGUUGGUGGUGGAAUAAAUUUGGAGAAUGCAAUGUCUUACCUUAAUGAAGGGGCAAGUCACGUGAUUGUAACUUCUUAUGUGUUUAGUGAUGGCAAAAUGAACAUUGAAAGGCUGACACAGCUUGUGGAGCUUGUUGGGAAGCAAAGGCUUGUAUUGGACCUUAGUUGUCGAAAAAAGGAUGGCAGAUAUGCCAUCGUGACUGACAGAUGGCAGAAGUUCAGUGAUGUCUUUGUUGAUGGGCCAACAUUAGAACAUCUUGCUGCCUACGCAGACGAGUUUUUGGUCCAUGGAGUUGAUGUGGAGGGCAAAAGGUUAGGAAUUGAUGAGGAACUUGUGGCGCUACUGGGACGCCAUUCACCUAUCCCUACAACAUACGCUGGGGGCGUGUCAACGAUGGACGAUUUGGAGAGGAUAAAGCAGGCAGGCAACAGCGGAGUUGAUGUUACUGUCGGCAGUGCCCUAGACAUAUUCGGUGGAGAUUUGCCCUACAGUAGAGUUGUCAGUUGGCACAAGGAGCAAAAUAUGGUUAGCCAACAGUGAAGAAGUCAGAUGUCUUAAUUAUAGAGAGCAUUUUGUGAUCCCCACUUGACUAUACGGUCGGGUCAUUUGGCUUGUUUGCGAACAUCAUAGUUCUGUGUGUGCAUGUCAAAGCUGAAGCAGAGGUAUCAAUUCAGUAUCACAGAUGUACUAGUGAAACGGCUUGACCAGGUCCGUGAAGUAUUCAAACACUGUACUGCAUUCUGAUGUAUUGUAAUGAUUAAUAAGCAUAGGUUGAACUGCAGAA